GCGGCACGUGCUCCUCCGUAAACUGAUGGCUCGUCUCCUUCUCACCGCGGAUUAUCGUACCGUUGGUAAUGGUACAGCCGUUCACUGUCUAAAGACAUCACCGGAGAGUGGAAGAACCACUUUCUAGAAACUUCUCAUCUUCUUUGACGACGAUGGCAAUGACCACGGGCGUUCUUCCCGGCAGCUCGGCCGUCCUCCCACCCUUUAAAACCCUAAAUUCCUUCGCUCGAUCAACCGCCGUGCUCUCGUGGAUCGAUGCAAAGCAUGGAAAUAGUUUAGGCUACUCGCUCUCUCCUGGUGUUCGCUAUGAAAGGGUGAAGAAGUAUCGAGCUUUGUCUUUCCCCUCUUCUCCCUCUGGCGAUCUCCGACCGGAUAUCGACGAGAAUCCGGAAGGGAUUUUAUCUGGCGAGUGGCCUGAGAAUUUCUCCCUCCUCAGUUAUGAUGACCUCAGGGCCUAUCUUGAGACGCAAAUCACUAAUGAGAGGAUGAAACCAUCGGCCUUGUUGGGCGAGGUGAUGUCAACAACGAUUAGGACUGCGACACCGGAUCAGACGCUGGAGGAGGUCGAUCACUAUUUCGAGGUCGUGUCGGGGCUUCCUGUAAUAGACGAGAAUCUCAGGUGCAUAGGGGUUGUAUCGAAGAAAGAUAAGGCUAAAGCGUCUAAAGGGCUCAAGUCAAAAGUUGGUGAAGUGAUGUCCUCUCCUGCCCUCACACUCUCACCUGACAAGACCGUCUUGGAUGCUGCGGCUUUGAUGCUGAAGAAGAAGGUCCACAGGAUACCCAUUCUAGAUGAGAAGCAUCAUGUUAUAGGCAUAGUUACUCGCACUGACGUAUUCCAAGCAUUGGAGACCGCAGAGGUUUAGUCUCACUCGUUACUUAAUCGCGCAGCUUAACCCUUCCUUCUGUAUAUAUGAGAAUGGUUUGGCCUAUGUGUGGUUUAGUUUAUAGUUGUGCAUUAUUCUAUAAUAUGUUGACGAUGAAACUGGACCUUUUUUUAAUAAUGUGCAUGUAAGGGUUUUAUGUGAUAUUUUCUAAUAAAAUGAUGACUUGACUUGGUUCUUUAAUCUGAA